AUGAGCAAUCAGGAGGUGACAUAUUCAACCCUGAAAGUUCUUCAGUCUUCAAGAGUCACAGAAUAGAUAAGAACUGAUGCUACUCAAAAUCCUAGAAAAUCUGAAGGAAAAGAAUUUUCAGUGCCUUGGCAACUCAUUGCAGUGACUCUUGGGAUCCUGUGUUUAAUUCUGUUCACAAUAAUAGCAGUGAUGAUGAUAAAAA